AGAAUAAUGAAAGUUGCAUUCGUUUUACUGUUGUGCUUGGCGGCCGGUAGUCAAGCCAGCUUUUUAGAUGAUCUGAAAAAUGCUUUCUCAAACGUUGGUUCUGCCCUAACAAACACAGUCCAUGCUGUUGGAGAUCAAGCCAAAGUUGUUGGACAGAAUCUUCUCAGUUCAGCUGCUGAACAAGGAAAACAACUCGCCUCUCAAGCUCUUCAGAGUCUUUUGAUGGGAACAAUGAAUGCUCUCAGCAGCAGUGGCACCACCGACACCUCCGGUACCAAGCGCUCUCUGUCCGAACUUCUGCAGCAGGCCAAACCCCUGACUGAUGCCGCCAAGCAGAUCGUUCAGCAGAAGAUGGACAACAUGAAUGGAGUUUACACUGAGGCUCUGAACCAGAUUAAAGCUCUGGCCUCACAACUCACAAACAUGCCCGCCUCCGAAAUUAUCCAGAAAGUCGAUCAGAUUGUUUCUGCCCAUCACGCUGUCAGUAACAAACUUCAAUCUGAGCUCGUCUCCGAUCUGACCCAACUGUUCGGAAAUGUCCUUUCUCUUCACCCUGGAAACAAGAGAAACACCUUUACUGAUGCCCUUGGCACAGUUGGACAGGGUCUUGCUAACUUCUUCCAGCCUCAUGUACAGGCUCUUCAACAGUUGGUCGGUGGAGUUGGUGAAUCCCUGAAGCAAACUGCAAGUGCUUUCCAAACCAGCUUGACUUCUGGUGCCCAUGGAGAUGCUAUUGCUCAAUCUUCAGCUCAAAUCGCUCAACAUGGACAAAAUGCUCUUAGCGCCCUCAAGGAUGCUGUUACAGAUAUCCUUCAACAAACUCUGACCAACAUGCAGCCACACAUCGUUAAUGUUCUCUCAAAUGGCGCCCAGGCUCUUCAAGAAACCCUCUCCAAUACUGGAUCCGCUCCAGCUAACCCACAGUAAAGUGCAACAAAUAGAAAAUAUUUUAUU